AAUUCCAGUCGACCAAUCAACGGCAAGCAUAGAGGGCACGAGGGCCGCACCCUUCCACAGAGUGAUCACCGCUUGAAUAUCAUCAUUAGACGACAACACGAGAGAACUGACCGGACCACAAAAUUACUUCAUUAUUUUACAAAACCUGUUUAACUACAUAUUGCAUCAUGACACCCUGGCCAAUUUCCUGCGCACUGUUCCUCCUGGCCCUUGGCCUCGCUGAAGGGGUUGAUCUGGACUGUCCGCCGUUCUGGACUCGCUACGGGGACAACUGCUACCGUUUCUUCGGCUUGCCCAAGAAGUGGCAGAGCGCCGAGGACCACUGCCAGGAGUUCUUCACCCGCAGCGGCCAGGGGCACCUGGCGUCCAUCCACAGCAGCGGGGAGGACAGCUUCCUCUUGCAGUUGUGGAAAACGUCCCUGGUCCCGCAGACGGGAGAACUGGGCAAAUUCGUCUGGCUCGGGGGCAACGACCUAGCGGAGGAAGGGACAUUCGUCUGGAGCGAUGGGACAAACAUGACCUACCAGGGCUGGCGAGACGGCCAGCCCGACAACAAGUCGGUGAACCAGCACUGCGGGUGUUUUUGGGAGUUCGCUUGGGAUGACUUUGGCUGUCAUUUUCCCUUGCCGUACCUGUGUAAAAUGCCGAUCAACGCGGUGUAACACGGGGAGAGAAAGUCCUGAAUUAGAUUUUAAACGGAAGAGCCAUCCACUUAAACAGCUUCGUCAAAGGGCCAUAACACAUCCAGCGUAGGCUGUACAUGAAGACACGACGAGUCCUUUUUUUUGCUACUGGAAGGUUGCCUUGGGGAUUCCUGUUUUCUACAAGUAAUGGGACAACGCACGUUGAACAAUCGCUGGGGGCUAUGCAGGUGGAACGCCUACGAAGCUAAACUUCCACGGCUAAACUGAAUAGACUGAAGCGUAUGCUCCGGGAAUGGGGCAGUCCGUUGUCACGUUUCAUCAACGCAGUAAUGGAAUAAUACCACCGGACUAGACUCGUCAGGAAUGUGCAUAGGAGUCUGAUGCUCAAUCCAAACAUUUGAAACAAGAUGGGACGGAGAGCAGCCCCACAACACACACACCUUUCUGAUGGUCAUUGCUUGUUUAGAACCACAGGAAUUCUUUUCACACAUCUUGGGGAGGGAAUGUGUUAGAUAACAAUAGUCUAGAGGGCGUAUAGGGAUUGGGCAUGUGGGGGUACCCCUCCAUCCCAUAUCUAGCUGGGACUAUCAUUGCAAUAGUUAGGGCUUGUCUACCGACAUAUUUCGGAGAAUUUCUCCUGCUUGGCAACUUUUGCUUCGGAACUGCGGAAAUGUAGCUACCACGCUGAAUUUGGAUUAAGUUCUUAUUUUUUUAAUUUUAAUUUUCAACCAGUUUUAGGUUCUUAUGAUUUUUAACGCUUUCAUGGAGGAAGUAUUUUAUUUGUAGAGAUAUCGUUUGUCACAAAGAUAUGAUUUUGUACGCAUUUAAAUUUAAAAAAGACCGUUUAUUUUACGUACUUGUAUAACAUUAGAAAGUUAUUUAACCAACAACCUCCACAGUUUUGGGCAAAACUGAUAAUGAAUUUCAGUAAUUAUAGCCACUUAUUAAGAGGAAAAUUUCUACCUGUACCAAUUCAACGAAACAUUUUUUGUGGAAGAAUUAAAAGGACCUGACUCGGUGGCUCAUACUUAUGGACUCAUCCGA